AUGGUGCGACCUCAUUUUGACGCACCACGCAUAAAACCCAGACCCUACCGAGAUGACAAUGGUGCAGGAUCAUCAAGUGACAGUAACUACAGAUCCCGAAGAGACAGCCACGACUUCCAUGGGAAGCCCCCUCCUCAUUGGAAAGACUCUAGAGGAAGAGGGCGACCCUCUAUGACGAAGAGGAGCCCAUCUAUGGGAGAACCCAGAGAAUCUCGUUACAACAGCUGGAGGCCAUCAAAUGAGGAUUCAUAUCACUCUUACCCCGCCAAAACAGAGCCACAUCACCAGAGGAGACAGUCACCUUCCAGGUCAAACCGAUCCCCCCACGGCCCGCAUCGCUCCCGCAGCCCAGGACACAGAGGCCCACCUUUCCACAGUCACCCACCUCAUGGUCACAGGUCACCAUCACCGAGGCAUUUUCACAGCCACCCUGAAGAAAGGAGGCCAGGUCCACCCCCACCCUUCAGGGGUUCGUUCAGAGGAAAGCGACACCCAGCGUUUUCUCACCAAGAGCAGAGGAGUCGAGGACCUCCACCAAACUACAGCCCAAGAGAAAGACCCUAUGAGCCGCCACACAUGAAGCGAUGGAAUGGGGCCGGAGCAUUUUCUCAUUCUUUCAGGGACAAAAGUCCCAGAGAGUUUCAUGGCAGAGGUCCAGAGAGGUGGGCUGAGCAAGACCCUAGACGACAGCGUGGACCAAUGGAGAGGCAGCACAGCAGAUCCAACAGUAGAGAGCGGGCACAGGCUUCCCAUUCUCACCCACCUCCAUUCAGACCUCCAUCAUGGAAAGGAGCAUCUCCACACUCUCCCUCUCGCGAGAGGCAUAUGCCUGUACAGCGCAAGAGGAGGAUAUCUGAAGACCACCAGCACCCUUCAGAGCAUGGCAUGAUGCACAACGACCAAAAACACCCCAGAAGAGAGAGGCCACAGCUCAUGAACAUACCCAGACCUCCGGGUCUUAGGCCCUUUGGUCCCAGGCCCUUUGGUCCCAGACCCUUUGUUCCAAGACCAUUUGGGGCGAGGCCCUUUGUUCCAAGACCAUUUGGGGCGAGGCCCUUUGUUCCAAGACCAUUUGGGACCAGGCCUUUUGGGACAAGGCCCUUUGUUCCUAGACCAUUUGGGACAAGGCCCUUUGGUGCUCGACCGUUUGGGACAAGGCCAUUUGGUGCUCGACCAUUGUCUCUCAGGGACAGAAGUUUCCUCAUCAAGAGCAAACAAAUGAGGGCAGAGUCUCUGAUGAAGCUGAAAUUGCCACCAGCGUUCAGAACCAGAACCAACGUCAGCUCAGUCCUUGCUUUGAGAAAGAAGAGAUUUGAAUCCGGCUCAGCACCCUUAAGAAAACCAGUGCAGAGAGAGACGAGCCGCAAACAGUCGCCCACCAAGGCCGAAAGCAAUUCAAGCCAGUCCUCCUCUGACUCAAAAGAACAGGUGGAGUCUCGCCGGUCCGUGAACCCACACAGAUCUUCCCCACCAAAGGAUGACCUUGUUGUUUUGUCUCAUUGGGAAUCUGAAGCAGGCUCUUCAAAAGACUUUUCUCCGUCACGGGAUCACAAUCCUAAAACGGACAGGAGUUCAGGGGCAGACAGGGCAUCAACCAGACGAUUCAACAAACCACAUUUUACCCGAUCAUUUGAUGACCGUAAUCGGGUCCAUCAGCACAGCAGGCCGGACAAACCUGAAGGCUUCAGAAGGCCAUUUACUGCUGGUCGAGGAAGACCUGGUCCACCUAUGGACCGUUUCCAAAAACCUGCCUUUAGAAAAACCGAGGUCCGGAUCAGCGAUGGUGAACCCCUGUGGUCCCUGGACUCUUAG